GUGGGAGUGGCCUGAGGGAGUGGGCUCCCGCGGCCCCGCCCCGCACCCCACUGCGCUCCACAGAGCCCAGACCCGGACAAGCCGUCCGGAGUCCCGCUGGCCAUGGAGAAGCAAGCGCUGCGGCUGCAUCUUUUCCCGCUGCUGCUGCUGCUCUGUGGUGGGUGUGCCCGAGUGUGCGGCUGCAAUGAGACCCGGAUGCUGGAACGGCUGCCUCUGUGUGGGAAGGCCUUCGCAGACAUGAUGCAAAAGGUGGACGUCUGGAAGUGGUGCAACCUGUCUGAGUUCAUAGUGUACUACGAGAGUUUCACCAACUGCACCGAGGUGGAGACUAAUGUUGUAGGCUGUUACUGGCCCAAUCCACUGGCCCAGGGCUUCAUCACUGGCAUCCACCGGCAGUUCUUUUCCAACUGCACAGUGGACAGGACCCACUGGGAAGACCCCCCAGAUGAGGUGCUCAUCCCACUGAUCGUGGUGCCUGUCCUGUUGACUGUGGCCAUGGCUGGCCUGGUGGUGUGGCGCAGCAAACGCACUGACCAGCUCCUGUGAGAGCCCAUUAGACAGAAGACCAUGUCAGACAAGCUGGAAGAAUGUUCCUGGGGCUGCGAGAGCUGGUGGAUGGAUGUCAUUACUGUCUGGUCUGCUAUGGCUGCAUCUCACUCCAUUCAGAUUGAUAGUCCCUGGUGACUGGCCUGUUGCCUGACUGGGACUCAGGCUGCCCUCUCAAGCUCUUCACUCUUCCCUGGGCCAGUGAAAGAAAGUGACAAAGCCAGGACUUGUGUGCUGGGCAUGGAAAUCAUCCUCUGCUGAACCCUUCACUCCCCUGUGCUAGGCCACCUUGUCUCUAGCCAUUUCCUUUCAGACUCUCUCCCUAUGUCAGCCCCAGCCCUGGACCUAACUCCUCUUCAGCUGUGACCCUGACCCCAUCUCCUGCCCAACCCUGGCCCCUGACCACACCCAUGUAGAAAGGGUAGGUGAGAGCAUUUGGCAAAUGUUAUGUGCUGUGGAACCCUGAGUCCUCCUGGUGGGGAGCCCAGAUAGAUCCACUGCUAGAAAGACUGAGGAGUGAGAGAGACUGGGGAUCCCCAGGAGCCACGUGCAAUCUGCAGAUCUUCCUGAUUCUGAAGCUGGUGUGGGUAGAGUGGGGCUGUGAGGACAGGGCCUUCCUUCUAUGCUGGGGCUGGGGUGGGCUUUCUUCCCAUGGGGCUCCCUGAAGAGUAAGGAACCCUGAGAGGGAAGUCUACAUGCUAAUGUUCUCUGUCUGCUGCUGUCUGCUAUUUUUGAGUAAAGAGUCUCUCUAAGUCUGGAAUUUCUGACUUUAUUUCAGGGUAUUUAAAAAGUUAGUGGCUUUCUUGGGACUGACAUCCAAAAUCUCUAAAAUCUUUGAAAUCUCUGAGGUCUUGUCUGAAAGUUUUUUUUUUUUUUAUGGUUGGGUGUGUCUUUAAUAACUUCAGUCAGCCGAGGUUUUUGCACUGCUGUGUUUAGAGCCUUGGGGAAUACCAAGACCUAUGAGGCACAGUCAGGCCCCCAAGAGUCCCUUCACUUGUUGGGGAGGCAGAUACGCCAGCCCUGAAUGCAGUGUGCACAGAAAGUGGGGUCCAUCUGGGGAUUUGGGAGAAGGUUCCCGGAGGAGAUUUUGGAAGAGGGUCUUUAAGAAUGAGUAGUUUCCCCCUUUGAAAGCAUCACGAGUGAAAGCCCAGUGACAUACAAGAACUUGGCAUGGUUGGAGCCUGGGCUGUGUGAGCAGAUUUGGGAAUGAAAGGAUAGAUAAGGAGGGAGCUAGAAAGGGGAGAAGGGGUGGUUAGGGGAUGAAGUCUUUGCAAAGGUACAUUAUUCAGGGCACUGAAGGCUGACUUCUUUUGUGAAGCUGUUGUGUAGUUUGCCCCUCUUCAGCCCCAUUUUAAUUUCAGAACCUUUCUGCAAAUUGGUUCAGACUUCAAGUCCAUACAGAGGUCCUGUCUAAGGACAUGGUCACUAACAUUCUCCCAGGGUGACCACUCCUCCUUAUAACCUUACUCAUAGUGGGAGGGCAGUGAUUGAUUAAAUAAAUUUUGAAUUUUUCAAUUGAUAGAAUUGUAUGAAGUUGGUUUUUUUUUUUUUUUGUACUGGGAUUGAACUCAAGGGUACUCGACCCUUGAGCCACAUCCCCAACCCUUUUAUGUAUUUUAUUUAGAGACAGGAUCUCACUGAGUUGCUUAGUACCUUGCUUUUGCUGAGACUAGCUUUGAACUCACUAUCCUCCUGCCUCAGCCUCCUGAGCUGCUGGGAUUGCAGGUGUGUGCCACCAUGCCCAGCUGUAUGAAAUUUGAUGACUAAGCCCAGUGGGUUGGCAGAACUAUAAGAGACCCUGGAAUUUUUUUCCAUUAUCAAGGAAAUAAAAAUACAGAAUAUAAACUAAUAUUAAAACACAUCUUCCCAAAUGAAGCUCUAUGCAUGAAAUUGAAAUGCAAACUCUGAGAGGUGGUGGGAGAGAAAAAUCAGCCACCCGAUCUUUGCAGUGGACUUGGGAAAGGUACUUUCGGGGGUUGGAAAGGACUGUCAACGGAAGGUGAGACUUUCCUCUGGCCACCUCACCCCUGACGACUUGGCAAACCAAAUCAGGAGUGCAGGGCAGCUGCCAGAGGGUGGCAACCCUUCUCGUUGGCCUGGAUGUCUUCUGGAGGGACUGUAAGUCCUGUUGCUGAGAUCCCUGUGGUAGCAGCCUGACUCUGUCCUUUUGAGGCUGACCAGGGAAUGGCUUGUGAAACGGUUUGCAGAAGUCACGUGGCUAGAGGGGAGAUCUCCAGAACAGACAGGCCCAAGUCUUGCAAGUUCUGGCAGUCACUUAUGGCACCUGGGGGGAUAUCCUGGGGGACACUGGGCAGCUUGUGGGCUGAGCAGCUGCAUUGUGGAUGGGAUAGCAAGGACUCAGUAUCACUCUUAAAGGGUGAUUGUGCAGAAUGGAGAAGGAAAAGGCAUGUCUUGCUGGCCUGCUUCUGGAGUCCCAGCAUGCUCUGAAACAAGCUUCAAGUCCAAACAGAGGUCCUGUCUGAGGACAUGGUCAGUGAUGUUCUCCCAGAGUGACCACUCCUCUCUAUGUCCUUGUUCAUCAUGGGGAGGCAGUGAUUGAUUAAAUUGAUUUUUAAUUUUUCAAUUGAUAAAAUUGUAUGAAGUUUUAUGACUAGGCCCAGUGGGUUAGCAGGACUUUAAGAGACCCUGAGUUUUCUUCCAGUAUAAAGGAAGUAAAACUAUAGAUCAUAAACUAAUAUUGAAACAUGUCUUCCAAAAAGAAGUGAGAAGCUUCAUGAACCAACAACCAUAAUUGGUGCAAAUCAGAAACAACAAACAAACAAACAUUUGAAGUCUCUGAAAAUUGUCCUGAGGCUACAUGGAAAACAAAGAAACAUUUACUAAAGAAAAACGUACUAAAUCUGGAUAUGAACAUAGAGAGCAUGAAGUCUUCUGGAGGUUUCCAGUGUUAACCAAGGAACUGUCCAGGAAGAUGGAAGAAAAGACCAAAAAAAGGCCAGUCUUGGUGACUCUGAUGUCCCCGGCACCAAGUAUCCACCAAGUAUGCUAUGUGGAUGACCCUCCUGAUCCCCCUGAAGGGAUCCUGCAUUAGGGAGGUCAGGGGACUGGGCUGCUUCAGCAUCAGGUCUUAGUGUGGAUUGGUGAGGUGGCCUGAAUGAUUUUGGGAACUGGCCCUUCUUGCUCUUCUCUUUCAGGUCACACACUCUUUCUGUUGGAAUCCUCAGUAGUUGCUUUAUCUGAGAGCUCUCUCUCAAACUAUGCUCACGUACAGAGCUGAUCCUUGGGACUUUGGGGCUGUGGGUGUCAGGAACAUGGUAAGGAGCUGCCAGGCAGAUCAUGUGCACCUGAGACAAGUCAUACUUGUGCACAAUUAGGUUUUCUAAUUUUGAUUUUCUCUUCCUUGUCUAUGAUAGGGCAUGAAAUACAAAAUCAAGGACAAGAAGAGGGCCCUGGUCCUUGUUCCUUGACCAAAGGCAAUCUUCCUCAACACACUAACAUGAUUGUGCACCUGACAUGUGGUGCUGUCAACCCCAGGCUGCCUGGGACAUUCCUUUGGGUCUCCCAAUGAGUGAAACAUAUAUCCAUUAUAAAAUAUUUCUGAUUUAUUUCUUGUAGUUUGGGUAUGAGGUAUUUCCCUCAAACCUCCUGUGUUAAUGGAGGAAUGUUUGGAGGUUAAAUGAUUGGAUUGUGAGAACUGUGACCUAAUAAGUCCAUCCUAAUUUGAAGGGACUGAGUGGUAACUUUAGGCAGAUGGGAUGUGGUUAGAGGAGAUGGGGUGCCCUAAAGGGGUUCAUCUUCCCUGCGGCUCCUUCCCCACUUGCCUCUCUCUGCUUCUUAGCUGCCAUGAGCUGAGCAACUUUUCUCUACUAUACCCUUCCACCAUGAUGUUCUGCCUCACAUGGGUCUGGAGCAAUGGAGUCAUCCAUUUAUGGUCUGAGAACUCUGAAACUGUGAGCCCCCAAUAAAUUUUUCUUCCUCUAA